UUUGCUUCCUGCCCAAUGUCACAACCUUAACCUCAGCAUGACCCAGGAUGGAUAGCUGGCUAAGAAAUCCUCGUCCAGACAAGAUGUCGGUGAAAGGUGCAAAGGGAGGACCGGAAAGUAGACCAUCCUCUGCCGCCAGCACAUCUCCACGAGUGGGGAGGGCUGCAGCAGCUGGAAGAUCACCCGUUGCAGGCAGAUUUAAAAACAAGGCCCUUCAGCUCAGCCUCUCCAAGAAAUUCUGCUCCAAGUCCCCCACACCCCAGGGGAAGGGCCCUGAGGAGCAGGGUAGUCGGCGUGGUAAAAGGAGCCUCAGCAACAGCUCAGCGGUGGCCGCUGCCUACGUCGCCUACCUUAAUAAACUUUUUGGACAGGAGAGGCAGCUGAUGCCGCUGGAGAUAGAUGAGCUUCAGGAGGCCUUUAAGGAAUUUGACUAUGAUGCGGAUGGCUUCAUCCAUUACAAAGACAUCGCAGACUGCAUGAGGACCAUGGGCUACAUGCCUACAGAGAUGGAGCUCAUUGAGAUCAUCCAGCAAAUCAAGAUGAAAUGGGGUGGUCAUGUAGACUUUGAUGAUUUCUGUGAGCUAAUGGGGCCGAGGAUGGUGGCUGAGACAGCUCAUAUGGUCGGGCUGAAAGAGCUCCGCUGUGCCUUCAAACAGUUUGACUGUGAUGGCGAUGGAAAGAUCACAUUUGAUGAGUUGAAGGAGGGCAUGAAAACCCUCCUCGGGGAGAAGCUGAAGAAAGGCGAGCUGGAGGAGAUCCUCAGUGACAUUGACCUCAACAAAGAUGGCAACAUUGACUUUGAUGAGUUUGUUAUGAUGCUUUCUGCACGAUGACCUCUGAUGGAAGAACACGGAGCAUUCAGCACCCGGAUUCAUCAGCUGUGUGCCAUUAUUUCUGUCUACUUUCUCCUAUUCUUGUCCUUUUCUUUUUUUGUGGAAUAUUGAAUUUCACGUCUGGCUGUGAAAGUGUAAUCCACUUAGAGAUCUCUUUAUAUUUUCAUAAUAAAAGUUGAGGUUGAAUAAGUGCAGUGGGCAGAGGGUGAGUUAUGAAACCCUUUAUUGUAAUUGUUAAUGCUGCACUGUUGCCCUCUGGUGGCAGAGAAAUGUACAGCUUUCUCAAGCCUGAGCUAGAGCUGGUAUGAUUUCUCACCUAACUGUUUUUACUGUAUUUCCUAUGGAACUGAUGCAUGAAUGGAUCAUACUCGAGUAGCUGUUUCUGACUGAGUUAAGAAGCAGGUGUGGCUGUGUUGGAAACAGGCAAUGCUGCAUAUGAUCUUGUACAAUUUAGCAAUAUUUGCUAAAUUAGUUACACAAAUCUAAAUAAAUAUUCCUGUAAGAGAAGCUUUUAUUUAACAAUCUGCAUUUUUAGUUACGAUGUCAAUAUUGCAGAAAAAUAAUGCUCAGCUGUUCUGUGUGGGGGAACCCCCCCCCCAAAAAAAACACCACCACAGCCAAUGUUGAAAAAAAAGUGCAUUUAUUAUUGAAAAUCGAUAACUUAAAACAUCUGAGCAAAAAAAGCGAGAUCUGUCCAACAAGCCUUUGUACAAACGGUUUACAUACAACUCGACUCGUUUUUCCCCCCUUGGGCUUUCUUAGAUAUUGUGAACACCCGAUAGCUGAAACUAAUUCUGAAGAAAAAAAAAAAAAUACAAUUAAAAGUAGUAUUCAUGCUAUGACCAAAAAAUAGGGAAUGGUAACCAACGCCAAAACCACAAUGCAAAAUGGUGUAAGGCAUACGCAGUCCUCUGACUGAAGCACUGCAGGUACCGUCCUUUCUCUUCCACGCAGACAGAGAGCAGCUUUUAAUGAAGAAUAAUGCUAACCCAAUAGCUGUAAGCAUGCUGUUUUUACUGGUUUCAAUUUGCCAUAAUAUUGCAAGACCCCCUUAGGAUUUCAAACACAACUUACGGACACAAUGUACAAAUAUUACUUUACUCAUAAAUUAAUUCAGUUUUAACUUAACUCAAUGGGAAGCUGGAUUGUUUUUUUGUUUUUUUGGUUUAAAGAAGACACUAAAAGCACUUCAAGAACCGAACCACUGGAUCCUGAAGACGCACGCUCCAGAGGAAUCUUGUGGUCCAUGACAAGUAUGUGGAAGAAGGAGAUUAGGAAUUCAGGUUCACUGUGAGCCAACCAGAAAAGAGAAGACAGGGCCAAACCCGAGGCUGCCAAAGGAAGAAAACAUUAGGAACAAAAAAGAAAAAAAUAAACUUUUCAGGGUCACGUGUUCCUCUUAAACUCAGGUUAGGAGCAACAAAGUGCAUGAGAAGCUGGAAGAAACUCAAAAGCUCGAAACAUGUAUUCUUUCAACAGGUCCUUUGCCGCUCCCUAGAGGCAGAAAUGGAAGUUGUGCAUGUAAGAAAA